AUGAAGAACUCCCGAAAUAGGGUUAUUCGUGAUGAUCCUCGAGAGCCUCGACUGGAGCUGGCUGAAGUAGCCCGGGGAGAGGAGCCAACCUCUGGAGCCGCCCUGGGCACCUGGGAGCAGAAGAAGGAGCGGGUGGCAGCCAGCGCGGAGCGUUCGGGCCUCCUCGUCGUCUUCCUCUACGCCGCCAUCCACAAGGUCGAGGAGGGGCACCUGGCCGUGUAUUACAGGGGCGGUGCGCUUUUAACCAGCCCGAGCGGACCUGGCUACCACAUCAUGCUUCCCUUCAUUACUACCUUCAAAUCUGUGCAGACCACGUUGCAGACAGAUGAAGUUAAAAACGUGCCUUGCGGGACAAGUGGUGGCGUUAUGAUCUACAUUGACCGAAUAGAAGUGGUGAACAAACUGGCACCGUUCGCAGUGUACGAUAUAGUGAGAAACUACACUGCGGACUAUGAUAAGACCUUGAUCUUCAAUAAAAUUCAUCACGAGCUGAAUCAGUUCUGCAGUGCCCAUACUCUUCAGGAAGUAUACAUCGAGCUGUUCGAUCAGAUAGAUGAGAAUCUGAAGCUGGCCCUGCAGAAAGAUCUCAAUGUCAUGGCACCAGGUCUCACUAUACAGGCUGUGCGUGUUACAAAACCCAAAAUCCCAGAAGCCAUCCGAAGAAAUUUUGAGCUGAUGGAGGCCGAGAAGACCAAGCUCCUCAUAGCAGCCCAGAAGCAGAAAGUUGUAGAGAAGGAGGCAGAGACAGACCGGAAGAAAGCACUCAUAGAAGCAGAGAAAGCUGCUCAGGUGGCCAAGAUUCACUAUCAGCAGAAGAUUAUGGAGAAGGAAACGGAGAAGCGAAUUUCGGAGAUUGAAGAUGCUGCGUUCCUAGCGAGAGAGAAGGCCAAAGCGGAUGCCGAGUACUAUACCGCUCGGAAGCUGGCUGAUUCCAACAAGCUGAAACUCACUCCAGAGUAUCUGGAACUAAUGAAAUACCAUGCAAUAGCUGCAAACAGCAAGCUGUAUUUUGGCGACAGCAUCCCCAGCGUCUUUUUGGAUUCCUGUGCCUUCCAGCAAACUGGCGUGAGGACUGCUCAAGAAACCAGCCUGUCCUCACAGGAGACCCCAGAGACCUCUGGGAAAAGCCACCACAAAGCAAAGGAAAGCAUGGGCUGACAGAGGCAGAAAGAUCCCUGGAAGAGCUCAGCAGCUAGCCCAGCUGUGGAUGGGGAUUGCCCUGUGUGGUGGGGCGGAUGCAGCACCUGCGUGGACGUCUUGCAGAUCGGUGGCAGUUGGGUUGAUUUUUCUUCUAGCAACACGUUGCAAGUGCUCUGCCCCUUCCAUUUCUUCCCCUAUUGGUGCUUCCAAAUGAGGGAUAAUCCUGUACUAACAUACCUAUACUGGAAUAUUAAAAAGACAGAAACCAGGAAAGCCUUCUGCAGUAGGUGCGAUUCUUUAGCAAGCAUGACCUUUGGGGC